ACCCGUCGGCAGUAAUCCCCAGCUACAGUAGCGACACAGAGCGGGUUAUACGGAGCGCUGCGGAACAUUAAGUUUAUACGCCUGUUCUUCUGAUCGCUUACUGAAACAGAAUGGACAAUUCGGGCAAGGAGAAAGAGGCCAUUCAGCUGAUGGCUGAUGCGGAUAAGAAAGUGAAGUCGUCCGGCUCUUUCCUAGGAGGGAUGUUUGGUGGGAAUCACAAAGUUGAGGAGGCCUGUGAAAUGUAUGCCAGAGCAGCCAACAUGUUCAAGAUGGCCAAGAACUGGAGUGCUGCAGGAAAUGCUUUCUGCCAGGCAGCCAGACUUCACAUGCAGCUUCAGAACAAACAUGAUGCAGCCACCAGUUUUGUUGACGCUGGAAAUGCCUUCAAGAAGGCUGAUCCACAGGAGGCCAUCAACUGCUUAAAUGCAGCCAUCGAUAUUUAUACAGACAUGGGACGAUUUACCAUUGCAGCCAAACACCAUAUCACAAUUUCAGAGGUGUACGAGUCAGAACUGGUUGAUAUCGAGAAGGCAAUUGCACAUUAUGAACAGGCUGCAGACUAUUACAAAGGGGAGGAGUCAAAUAGCUCUGCAAACAAGUGUCUCCUGAAGGUUGCUUCAUACAGUGCCCAGCUGGAACAGUAUCCAAAGGCCAUUGAAAUCUACGAACAGGUUGGAACAAACACUAUGGACAACCCUCUGCUGAAAUACAGUGCCAAAGAAUACUUCUUCAAAGCCUCCUUAUGUCACUUCAUUGUGGAUGAGCUCAAUGCAAAGCUCGCUGUUGAGAAGUAUGAGGAAAUGUUCCCAGCAUUUUCUGAUUCAAGAGAGUGCAAACUUUUAAAGAAACUUCUGGAGGCCCACGAGGAACAGAAUGCAGAGGCUUUCACAGAAGCAGUGAAGGAGUUUGAUUCUAUUUCACGUCUGGACCAGUGGCUAACCACCAUGCUCCUGCGCAUUAAGAAAACCAUCCAGGGUGAUGAGGGGGACUUGAAGUGAAAUGUAGAGCUGGGGGAAACCAUCCAAGGCAUGACACCCCCUCCCCGAAACAUUUCAUAUCAUUUUUGUGCAAUGGCCAAGUUCAGGUUUCCCAGUACGAUAUGUUAAGAUUUAUUGCUGCAGCGUUUAUAGCGCACAUAUAAACAUAUUACAUUGAUUUCGUACAUUAUUUUUAACAUUAAUAUUAGGCUUUCCAACAUUAGACCUGGUUUGGGCUGCUAAAUCUCAGGCUCCCUGUUUUUAUAAUGAAUGUUUUUUCUGAAUACACAAAGUGGUGUAGUUCAGUGUCGGGAUCAGCCAAGGAUAAACUAGGGACCUGAGAAGUUGGCUGGUUAAGUAAUCACUGGAUUGUGGAUUGCUAGUGCUGCAUGACAUGUACAAAUGUAAUUAUGGUGUCAGAAGACCAGAAAUAUUUUAAAGUAGAUUGAAAUUUGUUUGAUUAUUUAUUUAUUUUAUUUGUGCAAUCUGUACUCAUCCUAUUUCUGUCAGUACCUCUACAGCUGUGUAGGCCUCAUGUCUCCUACGGAAAUCUAUGGGUUUGUCAGUCUUAAUUUAAUACUCAGUUAUGUUAAUGUUCUACAAAAGUGUAACACAUGUCAGAGUAAUGAAGUAUAAACAACGUUUAUUUCUUAAUCCUGUCACAAUGUUCAAAUUAGUAAUGUUUCUUUAUGUUUUAUUUAUGUUUCUACUUUCUCUCAUUUAUAUCUGACCUCACUCAUUGGUUUGCAGGUUGCACACCACUUACAUAUACAACUGAAGGCAAACACUUGUUGCUCCAUGUUUGUUAGCAUAUUCAAACUAUGAACGAUUUGUGAAAUCCCUGUAUAACCUGUGUCGAUGUGCUAUGUGUUGUGUUGUGAAUUCAUCUGUCAUGCAGCACUUAUGCUAGUGCACUCUCCAUUUUGGUGGUCCUUAGCAGCGCAUGUCACAGUGUGUCUGUGUAUUAGUGAUGAUAUUUAGUAUCUCACUGUAUCUAUAGUUUUUAAAAAGCCAUCACUAGAGGCAACCUACUUAUUUAUCUAGGUUCUUUCUGACUGAGUAAUUGAUCUACUGCUGAAUGUCUGUAUGAAAGCACAGAAAUAAAGGUCUGAUAUUAAAAGAAACAAA